CCUACGCCAGAAGAAAUUAUAUCAUUACAAAAGAAGUCUGUAGUAGAAAACACAUAUAGGUCUACUUUGAAUUGGACAAACCAGUUUGAGAACUAUCGUAAAGAUACAAACCUUCCUGGUGAAUUAUCAGAUAUUUCAAACCCAAAACAACUUGAAGAAGAGCUUUGUAAAUACUUUACUGUAUGUUGUAAAACUAAUGGUGAUGAAUAUUCUGUCGCAUCUCUUCAAUCUGCAAUUAAUGCAUUAAACUGGUAUUUUAAUGGUAAAACAAGCAAAUUAAAAUCGAUUGACCUAAAUGAUAAAAAGGCACACCCUGAUCUUUGGUAUACAUUGAAUGGAAAAAUUAAAAUGUUGUUUGCAAGUGG